GUUGGACCAGCUGGCGGGCAGUAGUGACCCAGACGUCGUGAGGGGAGUACACGUGCCGCCUCCUCUCUCUCCCUCCGCUCCCCUCUUCCAUAUUUAGUAUGCACCACCUUCUACUGUCGCCACAACGGACUGGGAGAGUGGUUGGAAUAGUGCAACAGAGGCGAUGGGUUAGUUCAGGAAGGCGGAGUGUGCGCGGGAAGACUCUUGCAAUCCGACGAGAGGACCAGAGUGUUUGGGAGCGGCGCGCGCCUUUAGGACCGUCACAAGUCCGUCAGUUGGUUAGGGACGGCGUAAGAGUGACUGUCCAGCCUUCCAACCGUCGCGCCUAUCCAAUGCAGGCUUACCAGAGCGUUGGCGCACGUAUACAGGAGGAUAUCACACAAGCAGACGUGAUUAUAGGUGUCAAACAAGUCCCUAUUGACCAGCUCACUGCUAACAAGACAUACUGCUUCUUCUCCCACACCAUAAAAGGUCAAGAGGCCAACAUGCCGCUCCUGGACGCCAUACUGGAGAAGAACAUCCGCUUGAUAGACUAUGAGCGGAUGUGUGACGUGGAUGGGCAGCGCGUGGUGGCCUUCGGGAAGUACGCGGGUGUGGCUGGCAUGAUCAACAUUCUUAACGGCCUGGGCCUCAGACUGCUCGCCCUGGGACACCACACGCCCUUCAUGCACAUUGGCCCAGCACACAACUACCGUAACACAGAGACGGCAAGACAGUCGAUAAGAGACGCUGGCUACGAGAUUUCCUUGGGUAUGCUUCCUAAGUCCAUUGGUCCUCUAACUUUCAUCUUCACUGGAUCGGGCAAUGUGUCUCAAGGCGCCCAAGAAAUUGUGCAAGAACUUCCCCAUGAGUACAUCUCAGUCAAAGCUCUUAAGAAGGCUGCGGAACAUGGUGCUCUGAACAAGGUUUACGUGUGUGAAGUCAGCCGUCAGGACCAUUUAGUCAGAAAAGAUGGUGGUGGUUACGAUGCUGCAGAAUAUGAAGAGCACCCAGAAAAAUACAUCUCGGUGUUUGCUCACAAGAUCGCACCUUACGCAUCGGUCAUAAUCAACGGCAUUUACUGGGCCGUCAACUCCCCCAAGCUUCUCACUAUUCCAGACGCCAAGUAUCUGCUCCAACCAGUCUACACCCCCUGGCUGCCCACUUCUCUGGGGUCUCCAACGCUGCCUCACAGAAUGCUGGCUAUUUGUGACAUCUCAGCUGAUCCUGGCGGCUCCAUUGAAUUCAUGUCUGAGUGUACAACGAUUGAUACGCCCUUUUGCCUCUACGAUGCUGACCAGAACAAGGAUACGAAGAGUUUCAAGGGCCCUGGCGUGCUGGUCUGCAGUAUUGACAAUAUGCCCACACAACUGCCCAGAGAAGCCACAGACUUUUUCGGGUCUCUCCUGUUACCUCACAUGUAUGACAUUCUGCAGAGCGAUGCCACGGCGUCUUUCGUGCCGGAGCAACACACGAGAGGUGGCUGGGGCCGUCAUCACCAACGGAGGGAAGCUUACACCAAACUUCGAGUACAUAUCAGAGUUGCGUCACCAGACCAGGUCGAGAAACAGAAGAGCCAGUCACAAGGCAGCAGUGGCCCAGUGUUCCCACCAAGUCCUAGUCCUGGGCGCUGGUUACGUGGCGGGACCUGUCGUGGAUUAUUUGUCCAGAGAUGUCGACACCUCUAUUAUUCUUGGUGAGUUCAGAAAUGUCUC